UAUUAUUUGUAUAUUAUUUUUUAUAUUUUUUUGUUGUUAUGUUUUUUAUAUUUUUAUAAAAUAACGCAAAAAUAUAUAUAUAUAAAAAAAAAAUUAAAUUAAAAAUCUGAAAAUUUUAUAAAAAUUAAUAUUGUAUGUAAUUAUUUUUUUUAUCUCUCUCGCUCUCUCUCUUAACUUAAUCACAUAUUUAUUCCAUUAUUAUUCAUAUCUAAAAAGUCACAAACUUGUUCCCAAACUUUUAACCUCUCUCUCUCUCCAUUUUUAGAGAAGAGGGAGAACCAAAGACUACCAUGCCUGUUCUUACAGACACUUCAACAAUGGCAGAGCACGUCAAAUUGAGAAGACCCAGAAGACAAUUUGGCCAACUUAUUUCAGAAACAGAUCCACACCCACAUGAAAUCCCAUCCAUUAUUCAAUCCACUCGCUGCAAAUCCACUAUUUCUUCUCUCCUUCUCUCUACUUUCUCGACCAAUAACAACAACACCAAUAACCCAAAUGAAACCAUACCCUUGAACCUUCACAACAAGAAGAAAAAUAACUUCACUUCUUCGAACUUCAGAGGACUAGGAUGCACAGCAGGGUCCUCACAGCAAGUCUCUGUACCUGCAGUGAUUCGUAGCUCGGCGGAUUGGCAAGGGAAGAAGGUGAAGAAGAAAAAGCAGAAGAGGAAUGGUAAUAAUGGUAAUAGUAACAACAAUAAUAAUGGCAGCAAAGAGAGUGGAAAGGACAGAAGUGCCCUUCACCAGGGUCUCGUGGAUGGGUCCAAUUCUGUAUUCAAUUCGGCUAGUUGUGUGGAUUUUCAAGAUGUUUGGUGUGGUCCUGGAAUUGGGUUCUCGGCCGAUGCCUCGGUUGACUGUGUUGUGGCCAGGAGAAAUGUUUCUGGAAGAGGUAAGAUUGAUGGAGAUAAGAUGACCAGCGGCCAUAGAGAUAGAGAGCGUUCUUGUACAGCAAGGCGAACUGUCACUCCUGAACCUUCAUUUUUUGAUUCUGAACCUGACUUCUUGUUGGAACGCCCCGGGUCAGAGGUUUUCGGAGCAAGAUAUUUUCGCCAUGUUCGACAUCCUUCCCCUGAAGGUCUUGCUGAGAUAAUGAUGCUCCACAGUGGUCUGCUAAUGGGUAACAGAGUAGACAUACACGAUCGGUUUAGGGAAAUGAGACUUGAUGUUGAUCACAUGUCUUAUGAGGAACUCCUUGAUCUGGGUGAAAGAAUUGGUUAUGUGAAUACUGGACUAAAAGAAGAGGAAAUAGGUCGUUGUCUAAGGAAAAUCAAGCUCUCGAUUUCAAAUGAUUGGUCACGUUUGCCUGUGCAAGCAGAUAAGAAGUGCAGCAUAUGUCAGGAGGAAUUUGAAACAGAUGAUGACAUGGGUAAGCUGGACUGUGGACACGGUUUUCAUACAGAAUGCAUAAGACAUUGGCUUUCCCAUAAAAAUACUUGCCCUGUUUGCAAAGCGGAGGCAGUGGCUCGAUCCUAGGGUUGGGUGGGAGCUUUUUCAUCACCUUGUUGCUUUUCUUUUUGUCCCACAACAUAGUGUAUAGGUUUCAUUUCACCCAAGCAAUACAAGAACAAGUAUUCAUUCUUUUGUUUGAUGCUUUCCCUUCCUAUUUUCCUUAUUUUGGUAUGAUGAGCCUUAUCUAUAAUUUGGCAAUAUCUUCUUGUUUCACUAUUUUAUUUGUGCCUUCUGCAGCCCUCAACGAAUUCCCAGGCCAGGGUUUUGAAUGUGAAAUGCUUGUUUUUAAAAUAUAAAUUCUUUUUUCAA